UGAUUAUUUAACGUGUGCGCGGUGAACAUAUUUUUUUUUCUAAUUUUUUUUCCCAACCAGUUCGCUUACAAUUUUUUUUUCCAUCCGCGAAAUUUACUCGUUUUUGAAUUGAAACCAUGACGGAGGAAACCGAUCCGAAUUCGAGCAAGAAAUGCGAAGAAGACGAGACUGCAGAUUUCGUACAAAAGCAAAUACAAGAGAGCAACAAGAAACUCGACAAGCUAAUAUUCGAAGGCGACCUCCACCUGAAAACCGUCUCCAAAGCCAACGAAAUCCGCGUGAAACAACAACACCUGGUGAACACCGAAACCAGAUCUCGAGUCGCCUCCCAACACGAAUCCCAAGCCUCCGAAGCCGAGCGAAAAUUCACCGAAAUCAUCACCAAAUGGACCGACCUGGAGCGCCUAAACGAUCCCCUCCGAAUCCACGAAGCCAUCUCCGAGCAGAAGAAACAAUGCGACCAACUCCUGCGCAAGAAGGACCAAUUCAUCGAGCUGGUGCAGAAGGAGGUGUACAAAGCCCACAAGCAAUUCGAUAAAGGAUUGGACCAGCAAACGGAGGACCUGGUGGUCCUCUCGGAGAGGACCUACGAGCAGAUAAAGGCCCUCAGGGGGGCCUUCGAGCGGCAUUUCCUCGCCGUGCAGGGGGCGGUGGAGGGCGAGCAGAAGAAGUACCUGGCGAGGCGGUACGCGCUGUGGGAGCGGCUGUACGAGGAGUGCGGGAGAUUGGCGGUGGAUAUCGUGGAGGAGCGGGUGAGUUUGAGGGACGGUUUGUUUGCGGAGCUGGCGGGGGUGGAGACGGGGUGUCACGAGGAGAUUCGGGCGAGGUCGGACGAGAUGGAGUUGGAGGCGCAGAAGGUGAGGUUGGCGUUGCAGAAUUUGAAGCCUUUGUUGGCUACCAAUUCGGAGAAGUUGGAGUAUAAUACGAUUGUGUUGGAGAAUCGGCAGGAGGAGAAUCGGUAUGUUAGAGGCGAACUCAAAAAAAACAUCGUACAAACCCAACUGAAAAACGCCCAAUUGCGCAAGGACCUUCAAGAGCUUCGAAACGAUUUAGGCACGAAAAUAAAACAACACCAAACGAAAUUAGAACAAAUCAAAAAAGACAUAUUAAGCAUCGAAACCAAAGCGGACAAUUUCGCCACGAAAAACGACAAAAUCUUCCACGAAAUAUGGGCAUUAAACCGGGAAGAAGUCACCAAACUCAUUGGCGAUAUAUUUUCAAUCGAUAAAAUGUUACACCAACAACAAUUAGGACUCCAUUGGGAACAACCUUACAUUUACCAAUUGGAUAUUCAGAAGCUCCCGAGCUACCACAGGGCUAUACUGAAAAUUCAACACCAAGAAAACCCUUCUAGCAAACACAUUUCUUUAGCUAAAUUGAAUCGAAGUUCGCACAAUAUCGAAGAAAAAACCGCCGAUAGCGUCGAAACUAUACUCAACACCAACAAAUACAACAACUUAAUAAAAAAAAUUUUGACGAUUGUGGCCGAUAAAGGUGGAUUUUUAUCGGAGGCUUGGUUGAGGCGGAUAAUUCCAGGUUAUAGCAAAAACAACAGAUCUUUGGUCACGUUGGAAUCGAUAUUUCAAACGUUCGAUAUACAAUCUCCCGACGAUAUCGAUAAAUUGAUCAAUUAUUUCCUGCCCUACUGCUACUGCUUGAAAUGCGCCCCUGAAUGUUUCAACAAGAAUUCACCAGCAAACAAAAAACACCCAAUUUUCGAUACGAAACCUCAAUCUACCACAGAAACCAACAACAAUCUCUCACCCGAACAAGAAGAAACCGAUUUAUUCGAAGAAACCGCCAGCACUCCCAGCCUAUCCAGCCAAGACAACAAAGUCCACCUGAAACGAGCCUCGACCAUCGAAAAAUCCGGUCACGCGCCGCCUCCGCCCUUGGACCUCUCCAAGAUGAAGCUGGAAAUCCACAGGAUCAACGAGCUGGACCGCGUCCACAACAUGCCGAUGGGCCGGAACUUCUUCGGGCCCUUUCUGCGCUCGCACCGAAAGUCCUAUCUCAGGGACAGAGACAACGCCCCGGGGCCCUCGAACGCGCCCCCGAAGCGCCGCAAGAGGGCGCGCAUCGACGACGAGACGAGCCCCUUGAACGAGAUGAAAUCGAUGACGAACUGCAUCGUGGAGAACACGCUCAACCGGCUGGACGUGGACGAGGCGAAGCCCGAUAAAGACGAUGUGAUUGAGUUCAAUGUGCCCGAGGAGGAACCCGCUGUGGAGUCUACGAAGGACUUCAACGCUGUGCCCAUCGAGGAGUCUACGAAGGAUGUUUGUAUGGACGUCGAGGCGACAUCUGGGUGUGCGAUGGAGGUUCCCUAUGGGAGUCUUUCGGAUCGUUGUGUAUCGAUGGAUGGAUCUGGGAUCGAUAAUUUCGGCAGCGAACCGGUUUCGGACGACUUGGACGGGUUCUCGACGGUCCGGUUGGGUUCGGGGACCGAUCGGUUCUUCGAGGAGUUGGUGGAUUUGGACGGAGAUCAAAGUACCAUCGCUCAGGCCAGUAGGGAGGCUAUAAUCGACGCGAAUUCCGUGCAGGAUUUGCUGGAGGACUUCGAGAGUGGCACGUCGGUGGACGAAUUGGACGGGUUCGAUAUCGUUAAUUUGGGUAACGUGAUAUUGGUCGGGAUGCAUUCGAUGGAUAGCGAUCGGUUCGAGCACGAGCAAAACAAUAAUUUUCCUAGUUGGUUGCUGCAGAUUUUAGGCACUGCUGUGCCUUUGACUGAGCUGCCCGAGGACGCUUUGGAGGAGCCUCACUAUUAUUGCCAAGGAGACGGAUUAGGUGUACACCCGUCCGUAAUUACCGUAAACAUCAACGAUGAAUUAUCGUCGGAAUCGUCGAACGAUCCCAACACGACGGAUUUUGCGGAAAUCGAUCCGGGAAUGUCCUCUCAGGACAUGUCCUCGUUGCCGGAGGAUCCUUUGGAUAUUAUAACGGACGUGAGGGAACCUUUGAAUGGAAUUAGAGCUCGUCGAUUGUCCAAUCCCACGUUGAAUUUCGAUUCGAAUUCCUCCGAUGUGGAUAUUCAAACGAGCAAAAGUUGUUGACUCGUUUCAAUUCA